AUGAUAAAGUUCAUUCUGAUGGUCAACAAGCAGGGCCAGACCCGCCUGUCGCAGUACUACGACUUUGUCCCCAUCCCGGAGAGGGUUGCGCUGGAAGGCGAGUUGAUUCGGAAAUGCCUCAGCCGAACAGAGCUCCAGUGUUCCUUUGUUCAGUAUCGGCAAUACAGCGUCAUCUAUAGAAGAUACGCGAGUCUCUACUUCAUUGUCGGUGUGAAGGACGAAGAGCUGAACGAGUUGGCGAUUCUCGAGUUCAUUCACUGCCUCGUGGAGACCCUGGACAAAUUCUUUGAGAAUGUCUGUGAACUCGACAUUAUGUUUCACCUGGAGAAGGCACACUUCAUUCUCGACGAAAUGGUUAUGGACGGCUGCAUCGUCGAGACGAACAAAGCGAAUGUUCUGUCCCUGAUCCACAUGAUGGAUGUGGCCUCGAUUUCGUGA